AAAAAAAAAAAAAAAACUCGAAUUGGGGACGAAUAAGAACGAAAUAAGAAUCCAUUGUGGUUGAACUAUUAACAGCAUUCGGAGCGUUGUAGUUUAGUAAUCGGGAGGUCGAAUUGAAUUGAGAGAGAGAGAGAGAGAGAGAGAGAGAGGACUUGUGGUUUUCAUAAGCCCUCGUUGGAUUUGAUUCGGAACUGUGAGUGAUCUGUCUGUCUUUUCCACUCAGAACUCUCCGGCAAGACCCGCCAAAGACCACACAUCGGGCCUCAGGCAGCUCCACUGCGACGCAGACGCUGCGUUUGGCUACGCCGUUUUUGUGCUGUAAUCAAUUUGGGAGCAAGAGUGAAGGACAACAAACCCGCAUUGAUUUUAAAACAGCCGCUGGUCUUCUUACAUGCUUUGGCUACGGCGAUGAGAGUCUGCACUGGAUGGCGUCGUUUCCUCAUCUUUCUUCCUCUCCUUUUCUUCUUUCCUCAUUUUUUCUCUGUUAUGGAAUUGCAUCAGAAAGCAGCAGUCGAAACUAUACACAAGAAGCAGAGCAAAAAGUCUGAUCAUUUGGUUCUUGGCCCUGCUGCUGGUCAAGGCUUGCCCAAUCGAUUGCAAUGCCAAGGAACUAGAGCUCUCAACAAGACCCAUUUCUCAGCCUAUGGUGCAUCCAGCGCUGGAGAUAACAUUGCAUUGGUCACUGUCUUCACCAUUUAUAAUACCUCCCUUGGUGGGCGUGCAGAUAAACCAUUAAGCUUGUUCACUGUUGGGAAUGUAUCAUAUAAUAAGGAGGAGAAGUCUAUGGCCAUUUUGAAUGCUUUCAUUAGCUUCACUCAGGUGUCAAUGCCCCGGAGCAAUAUAAUCAUUCUUACAGAUCCAGCAUCUGAUCUUGCGGUGCAUAGAAAUAGGGUCACUGUACAUCCAAUCCAAGGUGAAUAUUCGAGAGACAAGUUGAUGCUUCAAAGAAUCAGGUCUUACAUUGCCUUCUUGGAAACAAGGAUCAAGGAACUUUCUCAGAGGCAGGGGCCAGCACAUCAUUACAUCUUCACUGAUUCUGAUAUGGCAGUGGUUGGAGAUCUAGGACACAUAUUCCGUGAUUUUCCAAAUUUUCAUCUGGCUCUCACCUUCAGAAACAACAAGGAACAACCUUUAAAUUCAGGAUUUAUAGCAGUGAGGGGCACCCACGAUGGUCUUUUAAGGGCAAAGAUUUUCUUACAAAAAGUACUUAACGUAUAUAGAUCAAAGUACAUGAGUGCUUCACGAAUGCUUGGGGACCAGUUAGCUCUUGCGUGGGUUGUGAGGUCAAAUCCUUCUUUUGAUGCAAGGAGAUUUUCUAAAGCACAGGCAUUUCUGGAAGAUGUUGGUGGUGCUUCUGUAUUGUUUUUACCCUGUGCUGUAUAUAACUGGACACCACCGGAAGGUGCAGGUCAAUUUCAUGGCAUUCCUUUGGAUGUUAAGGUUGUUCAUUUUAAAGGUUCCAGGAAACGUCUGAUGCUAGAGUCUUGGAACUUCUUCAGUUCUUCUGACAUUUCAGAUAUGUUGUGCCUCAUCUUAAUGAGUGGAAGAACAAAGUACGACUUUUGAACAACUGCAUUUGUUUUGGUUUCAAGCAGCUGGUUUAAUUCCAUUGAUUAUGAAAAAACGGAAGUAUAAAUUGACAUUAAAUAUCUGAUUGUGCCUGCUAGCUACCUGGGCUAACUCUGGAAGUUGUCCUUUCACACCUUGCUACAGAUUUCAUAUACCUGAAUAGAUUUUUAUAAGCGAAAAGGGGAUAGUGAGCAAUGGACGCUACUGCAAUUUUGUUACCAACAGCGUGGAAAACCAUUCUUAAAUUCUUUUUAUUAUUAUUUUUUUUCUGUGUUUUUUAUGUGUAAUAACUUGGACCUGAGUUUUCUUUUGGGAGUGGGAUUCGUUAAAUUGGAAUAUACUGAUGCGAAAUUGCAAUUUUAUGAUUCCUUUA